CACGUGACUUCCGCUCGAGGCCUCACGCUGCGAGUGUUUGUGAAUCGAUGUCCAAACUUUGGGCUUAAAGCUGCACAUCGGUGUCGGUUCGGUGUUCGGCGAUGGCGUCUGGAUCACCGUGUGUGAACAGCAGAUGGGAUCGGCCUAAAGCAGACGUCCUGCCGAAUGAGUCCCGUGGCUCCAUCUCAUCUUCCACAGAUGCAUCUGGAGCUCCGCAGGGCGGCGUGGAGAUGGCAGCGGCAAUGGCGGCCAAAAUCAAUGCCAUGCUGAUGGCCAAAGGCAAACUGAAACCACUGCAGCCGCUGCCCAGUAAAGCGCCGCCAGCUUUUCCUGUCGCCGCUGAGGAGCUCAUCGUGGCUGAAGUCGACAUAAACGACAUGCACAUGGAGUGCAGGGAUCUCCUGACCAAAGGCAAAACUCAGGACGAGAUCGGGCAGCUGAGUGGUGCAGUGGUGUCCACUAAAGGCCUGUACAUGAGUGACACAGACAGGAGCGGCAGCGCAGGCGUGGCGAGACCGCUGUAUCUGCAUGUGCAGGGCCGCUGUCGGGAGCAGGUCAACAAGGCAGUGGCCAGGAUAAAGGAGAUCAUCUCUGAGGACGUGCUGCGCUCGUCGGGUGGACAGCAGCCCGCUGUGAUGCCCACUGUACCGGUGUACCGUCAGACCCUCAGCGCCGCCCCCGGGCACAAACCGGCCCCACCGCACACGGGGAGUUUUGUGCACACUAAGAUAUUUGUAGGCCUGGAGCAGUCGCAGCCGUCCUUUAACGUGAGAGAGUGUGUGGAGGGGCCGUCUGGCUCGUACCUGCAGCACAUUCAGUCUGAGACCGGCGCUCGUGUGUUCCUCCGAGGCAGAGGCUCCGGAUACAUCGAGCAGGCGUCACGCCGCGAGUCCUUUGAGCCGCUCUAUCUGUACAUCAGGUAACGCUCCGCCGCCGGACUGGACGCGGCCAAGAAGCUGUGCGAUAAUCUCCUGGACACGGUGAGUGUGAGAGUGUAUGAGAGUGUGUGAG